AUGAAGCAUAGAGAACGAAUGGAACAAGUAACGUCACAAGCACUAGAUCUUGAGCAACACAUAGACAUGGUCAUAUUAUCAGUUCUUCAAAGAGCACCGUUACAGGUUACAGUGAACGAGUGGAAGAGGAUUAGCAGGAUGAAGGAGGGAUCAUUAGCAGGGAAAAACGAUCUUGAUAUGCCGACACCCAAGCAGCACUUUGAGCACAAACGCCCAUUUCAACAACCACACACGUACACUGCCUGCCACUUUCGUCCUCUGAGAUGGUUUCCAUUCGAAUUAGGGAGAAUAAUCGAUAAGUGGCAGGGACUGAGGAACAGAGAGAACGCGAUGACGCAGAGAAAGCAGACGAGAAGAGCACAGAAAUUUCGGAAAAAGAAAGUACCGGAUUCUACAUUGCCCCAUCGUGGUGUAACAGUAUCACCAUUGCCAGAAAGAGAAGUUUUACCAAGAUAUCAUUGCGAGAUUUCACGUCAGCAUAAAAUAUGCUUGCUAUACUAG